AUGACCGAGAUGAGCGAAAACGCUCCACUAGACCUUGGAGCAUCGUUUUUAUUCGCAGCACCGUCACUCCUGCUGCAAAACACUCAAGCAGGAGUGACUUUUCGAGAGGAGAAUCAGCUACUGGACCAGGGUGACGAAGAAGCAAAAGAAGAGGAAGAACCGGAAGUUCGAAUACCGUCAUCUCCGUUGAGAGUCAGUGAUGCCGAUCCAGGGUCGGAUUCUGUUUCUUGCAAAAAAGUAAAGCUUUUCAACCAGCAAGUCAUCCCGCUUCGAGAAAGGUCCAAAAGCACGGCGAGAGCGAGGUCCUACAACGAUGUUGAGACGUACUCGCUACUAGAUAUGGACUCGCUUCGCUCCAAAGCAGAACUCAGAAUCAAAAUCAAAGAAAAUAACGCACAGCUAAAACGUGAAACUAAUAUAGUCAACUUGGAAACGGCGCCUCAAAUGUGGACGGAUAAGUACCGGCCCAAUAACUUUCUACAGCUCUGCUCUGCAGGUAACGAUAAGCAGUACCGCUUGGUUAUGAAAUGGCUAAGCAAAUGGUCCGCCGUUGUCUUUGGCGAGAACAGCAAACCCGAGGGAGUGGAUACGUUGGGACGACCACUACGCAAGAUUCUAUUGAUCCAUGGUCCUCCAGGGAUAGGCAAAACUGUCGCUGCUCACAUUCUAGCCCGGCAGAUGGGGUACGAUUUGCAAGAAUUGAAUGCAGCUAAUAGCAUGGACACUCUACCGCAUGCGCAGCUUGGAGGUGGCUCAAGUUCCAAUUCUGCCUAUGCCAACGCGGCGAAUGCACUAAAGUUGAAAAUAACAAACUCUUUAACCUCGAAUUCGGUUUCAAACAAUACCAAACCUACUUGCUUGUUGAUCGAUGAGCUAGACUCGAUGGCAAAUGUCGGAGAUAUCGUGAGAGUAUUGACCGAUAUCAUCAACUCGGACCAGCGUGCUUACAACAAGCGAAAGUACAGCGAUCCCAAGGAGAGCAAGAGCACAAAAAAUAAAAAGAAGGACAAGAUGUUGAAUCGUCCCAUCAUUUGCAUAGCCAAUGAUAUCUACUCUAGACAACCAGGGCGUGUUGGUCCCAACCCCUUGGAGAAAAUUAGGGCGAUGGCUGAAGUUGUCAACUUUAGGAAACCAACCUCGGCUCAACGGGCCACGGGAGCCAAAAUCAGCAGCAACUCGAUGAAGAGUGUCAAGGAUUUCCUCAUGACGAUCAAUGAGAAUGAAAAAUUAGGGUUGGACUAUCGAGAAGUUGGCGAUAUUUGCGAAAACUGCGAAGCAGACAUCCGAGCUUGUCUCAACCAGAUGCAAUUCAGCGGACGCAGACUCGAGCCUGGUCUUAACGACGUGCCAAAAUCGAACCCGGCUUUACACGACAAGAAUGUCUCGUGGUUCUCAAUGGUGGAUGAAAUUUUCAGGCGAGAUCCGCAGUUGAAAAAAGAAGACAAUUUCAUCAAGCUUUUGGACAAGUACAUGAACGGUAACGGCAAGGCUGUCACGGGAAGUUCCGACUCUUUUGACAAGCUCAUGAAUGGGAUAUUUGGCAGAUACUUGGAUGUGGUGCAUUUGCAGGACAACUCAUUGAGCAGACCGGCGGAGUUUAGUGACUGGAUGAACCAUUUCGAUGUACUUCUUCAUCAUACCCACAUGGACUCCAGUCAAUACGCCCCUUUGCUUGCUCUUAAAUCGUGGUCGUUGUUUAGCGAUAUAAAGGUGCACAAGAUCGGCGGCGACACGAACACCUUAGUUCCCAAUGCUAAAAACUUGGCCUACGAGUCCUUUGAGGCUUUGAAAGAACACAAGCAUGUGGUCAAGACGGUGAUGCAGAAUCUCCCCGUGUCAACUUUACUAGCCUUGGGCGGGGGAGGCAACGUCGAACAUUGUGCUACUAUGUUUUUGCCCUUUGCGUCAAAGAUACUAUCUCCUGCAUUCACCUCAAAGAUUAAAUCUAAUUUGGCUGCGCAUGAGCUUGUGUGGUUGGAUAAGGUGACCCAGCUUUCGUCGGAUUUGCAACUUGGGUUUGAGUUUCAACGCGAGGUCGAGACGGGCCAAACCCAAUUGAAAUUUUCACCAGAUUGGGAUGGCUUGUCGCUUUACGAAAGCGAGCUUGCCAAAACGCCAGCGGCGAUCGACAAAAAGCAGACCCAGUUGAAACGACAAAACUUGUUUCCGCUUGUAACUGCGGAGUUGGACAAUCGUUCAACAUCGACCAAAAAGCGACAUUCAGACGAGAUAGAGACAGGGACAGGGACAGAGCACAAAAGUAAAUACAAGAAGGCAAAAGUCGAUGAUGGAAACGAUGCAGCAGUGAAAAAGAAUCAAAACCUGUAUUUUUUCAAAGAGAGAUACGACGAUGAUGGGUCUAAAGCUGCUGCUGCCGCUGAUGGUGAACCACACACAACGAAGGAAAAAAAGGGGGCCACGCAAAGAAUCUGGGUCAACUAUAACGAAGGAUUCUCCAAUGCUGUUAGAAAAAAAGUGUCGUGGAAGGACAUAUGGCUCCCGUGA